UAUUACGUAGAGAAGAUUCUUUCAAAACGUAUUCGUGGAGGUAUUAAAGAAUAUCUUAUCAAAUGGGAGGGAUAUGAUGUUAAAGAGGCAACCUGGGAGGCCGAAAGUGAUUGUUUUUGUACAGAUUUGAUUGAAGAAUUUGAAGAAAGCCAAGAAUCAAAAAAUAAAAAUAAAUAA